CACCCGAAUUCUCUUUCUCUGACAUCAUGUGUUGUAACUACGGGAACUCCUGUGGCUAUGGCUGCGGAUGUGGCUAUGGCUAUGGAUGUGGCUCCUAUUCUGGCUGUGGUUAUGGAACUGGCUAUGGCUGUGGCUAUGGCUCCCGUUGUGGCUGUGGCUAUGGCUCAGGAUGUGGCUACGGCUAUGGCUCAGGCUGUGGCUGUGGCUAUGGCUCAGGAUGGGGCUGUGGAAAAGGCUCCUGCUGUGGCUGUGGAUAUGGCUCUGGCUCUGGCUGCUGUGGCUACCAGCCAUUUUGCUACAGAAGAUGUUACUCUUCUUGCUGCUAGACCAUCGCUCUCCAAGCCCCAUUUGCUUC